UUUCCAAGUUCCAACUACCCCGAGUGCUAUUCCUUUCUCAGAGCAAACCUUCUCGUUUUCUCUCGUUAGUCGCGUUAGUCUUUUUUCUGAAGAAUUCCAAUGGCACCUAGAGCGGAAAAGAAGCCUGCUGAGAAGAAACCCGCCGCUGAAAAGCCAGCGGAGGAGAAGAAAGCAGAGAAAGCUCCAGCGGAAAAGAAGCCGAGGGCGGAGAAGAGGCUGCCUAAGGAAGGCGGUGCUGCUGAUAAGAAGAAGAAGCGCGUGAAGAAGGGAACUGAAACUUACAAGAUAUACAUCUUCAAGGUCCUAAAGCAAGUUCACCCUGACAUCGGGAUCUCCAGCAAGGCCAUGGGCAUCAUGAACAGUUUCAUCAACGAUAUCUUCGAGAAGCUAGCACAAGAGGCCUCAAAACUCGCUCGGUACAACAAGAAACCCACCAUAACCUCUCGGGAGAUUCAAACCUCUGUCCGUCUUGUUCUUCCCGGAGAAUUAGCGAAACACGCCGUCUCCGAGGGUACCAAGGCUGUUACCAAAUUUACAAGUUCUUGAAUGAUGGAUGCUUGUUUAGUUUGUUCGCCUCUGAAAAUAAUUAGGGUUAGGGUUUUUGUUUCUGUCUUUUUUGUUCUCCUUCCAACCUUUCUAGACUUGAAGGUUUUUUGGAUGUAAUAUACAGAUAUUUUCUCUGGAAAUGAUACAUCUAAUGGUAGGAAUGCUUGUGUGAUA